UGAUGUGCCUUGCGCUCCUUCCCAUGACUGACUGACUGUUUGAAUCUUGUAACGGCGCUCAUCUUCCCCCGUUGAUGGAUCCCCCCAUCCCUCACACCCUUACUACCUACGACCCGGGCGCCAUCUGUUGGAAGUGAGGUUCCCUAAUCAAUUCCUCCAGCCUGCCCAUUAAACCCGUAUAUCCUCCCUAGAAUCCUUGGUUAGGACAAGCUCAUUUGUAUCAGAUUCGUUGUGCCAAUGAGACCUUUGUUUUUCUAUGACGUAUUAUAGCAUCAUUGAACGUCAUAGAAUUGAGGCCAAUACAAUCAAUAUGGGCGAAUCACCACAGAUCUUCGUGUGUUUCGUGAUGUGGCCCAAUCAGCAGCUGUAUGCGUGGCUUUCUGGUCAGUGAAGUGGCUAACCUCAUCCAUGCCGGGUGUCAAGAUGGCGGCUGUUUGUUCUGGUUGUAGUUUUAAUUGUUACGAAUCAAUGGUGAAAUUCCAUAAGGAAAACUAGUUGAGUGGUGCAUUUCUGAAAUCGCACUGUGCUUUGCCAAGAUCUGUUGAAUUUGAACAUCCCUAAGCGCCAUCCAAGUGCACCACGUGCCACCAUAUGGAACUGCUUCCAAUCGCGCCCUGCAGGACCUUCUGCUUGCAGCUAAGGUACUAAAGUGCAGUUCACACGAGGAAUGUUUACCCAUGAUCCGGGAACAAGCUUUGGCUAAACUGUGAUCCGGCUCAGCAAGUUCCCGGGUUUCAAGGUUCCGUUCUGAUGGUGAACUUGCUGACGCUACGCGGGAACUCACGACUGGACGACGAUUUGCUGCUUGCUCUCCUCGUGUGUUGACAAGUGUUUAAAAUUAUGGAGAAUGAGUUAUUAUGGCCCAGGAGUGUUAUCAGAUAUUUGUGCGAACUGGUAGAAGGGCACAGAUUCCUCUGGGACCCACAAAAUGUGGACUAUCCCAAGCAUAAACUCAGAUUUAAAGUGUUUGGUGAGAUAGCCCAGGAAAUCAAGGCUCAAUACCCAGCGAUGACCACUUUGACUGCAGAUCAAGUUCGUGCUAAAUUUAAGAAGCUGCGAGAGCACAAAAAGAUACAGUCAGUACCAAGUGGCUCAGCAGGCAAGACACCUACAAAAUGGGAUUAUGACGACUGCCUUGCAUUCCUAGGUCCAAGUGAGGAGCUCACAACAGAGGCAAGCUGGUCGGGACCAACACACAAGGAACCUUCAUUACCCAUGCCAGAAUUUCCACCUGAAGAGUCAUCCAUCUAUUUAGUUGAAGAAGCCAGUAUAUGUGAGGGACUUGAGGAAACUGGUUUUGAAACAGACCAGAUCAGUCAUUCCACUGAACAAGCCAAACAGGUGACUGCAAAUGAUCUUGCUGAUGCCUUGAGGACAUUCAGUAAGGAACACAACCCUGGGUCACUUACAAGUUCAGCUUCAUCAUCCCUUCUGACGACUCCAUCAUCAUCUAGUCCAGUUUUGUCAGCAGCUGAAGGCCAGCCUAGGCAUUUGUCUUCGAAUGCCAUGAAGAGGAAACGAGCCAAGGCAUAUGAUUCAGCAUUAGAAGUUGCAUUACAAAUGAGUGCACAAGAACCACUGACCCCUUCAUUCUCCAAGUGUGUUGGGUCAAUGAUUGAAAAUAUCAUAAAUCUAGUUCCAUCACACAUGCAGUAUGAACUUAGUUUUGCUAUUUUGAAUAGUGCUCAAAAGGUAUAUGAGGAUUUUGUAAAAAAAAAAAAAAAAAUUGUAAUAACAGAACAUUUUUUAGCAUUUGUACAUUUAUAACAUUUUCUGUAAUUAUUGCAUUCAGCUGAUAUUUUUGGUUAAGUAAAAUAAGUCCAUAA